UUGGGUGUUGAUUGGCUUUCUGAUUUGUCAACAAAAUGCCGAAGAACUUUCCUCCUGGACCAUGGUCUUUGCCGAUUAUAGGAGAUCUUCAUCAUAUCGAUAAUAGAAAGAUUCAUCUUCAGUUUGCAAAGUUUGCAGAAAAAUAUGGCAAGAUUUUCAGCCUUAGAAUUCUUGGACCAAGAAUUGUUGUGUUGGAUGGAUAUAAACUAGUGAAGGAGGUGUACACACAACAGGGUGAUAACCUCUCUGAUCGUCCCAUAUUACCUUUAUUUUAUGACAUCAUUGGAGACAGAGGUUUGGUUGUUGCCAAUGGCUAUAAAUGGAAGCAUCAGAGGAGAUUUGCACUCUCAACUCUUCGAAACUUUGGAUUGGGAAAGAAAAGUUUAGAGCCAUCCAUCAGUCUUGAGUGUUGCUUUCUGAAUGAAGCCAUUUCAAAUGAACAAGGUCGACCAUUUGACACUCGCUUACUGCUGAACAAUGCUGUCUCAAAUGUGAUCUGUGUGCUUGUGUUUGGUAAUCGAUUUGAGUACAGUGACCAUGACUUCCAGUCUCUGUUGAAGAACAUCAAUGAAGCUGUUUAUCUGGAAGGAAGCAUCUGGGCUCAACUUUAUAACAUGCUACCAUGGCUCAUGCGGCGACUGCCUGGACCACACAAGAAAAUUAUUGCUUUGUGGAACGGAGUGAUUGGCUUUGUUCGAGAGAAGGUGAAUGCACACAGAGCGGAUUAUGAUCCAUCAAAUCCUCGAGACUACAUUGACUGCUUUCUGACUGAGAUGGAAAAACUUAAGGACGACACAGCCGCUGGGUUUGAUGUGGAGAACUUGUGCAUCUGUACUCUGGAUCUGUUUGUAGCGGGAACUGAGACCACCUCCACCACUCUGUACUGGGGUCUUCUCUACAUGAUCAAAUAUCCUGAGAUACAGGCCAAAGUUCAGGAGGAGAUUGAUCGUGUUGUGGGAGGGUCACGGCAGCCAUCUUUAUUAGACAAGGACAACAUGCCCUUCACCAAUGCUGUCAUUCAUGAGAUACAGAGGAAUGGAAAUAUUAUCCCAGUAAAUGUGGUCCGGGCUGCUGUGGCAGAUACUCAGAUAGGACAGUACUCUAUCCCAAAGGGCACAGUAGUGACCGGCAGUUUGAAAUCAGUGCUGUUUGAUGAGUCGGAGUGGGAGACGCCUCACUCUUUUAAUCCGGGUCACUUCUUGGAUGCUGAGGGAAAUUUCAGGAGGAGAGACACCUUUUUACCUUUUUCUCUAGGAAAGAGAGUGUGUCUUGGGGAGCAGCUGGCACGGAUGGAGCUGUUCCUGUUUUUCUCCUCUCUGCUGCAGCGCUUCACUUUCUCUUCACCGGCAGGUGUGGAGCCCAACUUGGAUUUUAAACUGGGGGUCACUCUCUGUCCCCAGCCAUAUGAAUUGUGUGCAGUGACACGCUAAAACAAGCAACACACAUGUAAUUUUAGACAUUUCAGUAAUUUUUUUAUUUAAAUCUGAAAAAAAAGAACCCAAAAUGUGUAUCUCUAAAAGUUGCUGAGUGCUACAUGAUGCUCUGUUUUAGCUAUUUCUUGGUUGGUUGGAUGUAGACUGGCUAGUUGGUUAGAUGGUUUAUAUAAUAAAUGUUUUUGUUUACAAAUAAAUCACCAUUGGAAACAAAAAGGAUCAUUACCAUAGCCAUAAAGAGAAACAAAAUACAUCUAGGUUCUGCACAUGCACAUCAAAUGCCAAGUUUUCUCAGGGCCCCUGCGGGUCCUUAAAAAGUGUUAAAUUCACUUGUAUCAAAUUUAAUUUAAGGUCAUAAAAAGCCUUAAAUACCUUAAAUGGUAUAACAAAGAUCUUGAUUAUUCUUUUUAAGUGGUCUUAAAUUUGGGGACGGAAAAAUCAGCAAUCACGAUGUGUCCUACUGUGAUAAACUUCUAAAGACUAAAGACUGAUUUAAUUAAAUGUGAUUGUGAGUAAUAAAUAAAUAAUGAAUAAUA